CUACGCCAUAAUGAGCCGUCUGAUCGAAUAUUCGUACCUAACAUUGAAAUAACUUCCCACGGAUCCGAAGACCGCCUGUGACCCAGCACAGCAAAAGAGCACCAGCAAGCCUGUCACCACCACCCAUGUCGCUCCCUCGCUCAGACUAUGACCCUCGCAGGGUAUGCCUAAACCCAUUCCCAGAUAUCAACUUGAACUUUGGAAAGCAUCGCCGGACCAUCGGCAUAUACCUCGCAGGCGCUUUGUUCGCACUUGCAAACUGGACCUUCCUCGAUGCUGCCAUAUUGUCUGCGCAUGCUCACCCGCCUUAUGAGGAUCCACAAAUCCCGCCUCCCGUACAUGUGCAGUUUGUUGAUUGGGUGCCUGGCAUCUGCUCGCUCCUUGGGAUGCUCAUCAUCAACUUGAUCGACAAGGAUAGGAUUAGGGGGGAUGAUUAUGGGGAUUCUACGGCUGUGUGGAGGGCGCGCCUUUUCCUCUUCAUCGGAUUUGCAUUCAUGGCUGGUGGACUGGCGGGGAGCGUGUCUCUUCUCGUGCUGAAAUACGUCAUGAUGGACUAUCCCGAACAGUACACCUACUACGGCUAUGCGAAUGUGUCGCAGAACGUGGCCUUGAUGUUGUCGGCGGUUGUGCUUUGGAUUGCACAAAAUGCACAGACUGAAUAUGAUUAUAGCCUUACGCUUUAGUAACAGAUGCGGUCUCUGUGAUAUUCAGCGUAGCUGUCAAUAUGUAUCUUUCUUUUGUGAAUUUCUCGCGGGGGCGGCAACUCGGGGAUCAACAUCUCGACGGACGGUCCAAAUAUCCAAUUGUGUAUCGAGGCACCUUCGAAGCUGAACCAAACUCGAAUGUUCGAUUGAAAGUACUAACCAAACGGACGACUGACGGGAAGGUUCAAGUGACGGAGUAUUCACAGUUAGCACCCCGCCUCAUUGGCAGAAGGUUGGCACUAAUGUUUAAGCUGGUGUAAGCACAGGUGGAGUGCAAGUCAAAGCAGCCAUCCGUGAUUGACGAAACUACCAAUUUCGACAGAUGCGCACGUUUCUACGUACUCAAGCAGAGGACGAGGCUUCAAAAGAGGCGAGUAC